AUGCUUAAAAGCGAGAUGAAGACUGAAGGUGAGAGGCAGCUGAGGAAAGUCCGAUUUCGAAUUGCUUCCUCUCACAGUGGGAGAGUACUAAAGGAAGUGUAUGCAGAUGGAGAAACGGCAGACUCUUUGGAUUCUGAAUACACCAGUAGUUCAGAGACUGACCAAACCAGCAGACUGAGUGAAGCGGAUGGACAGCAGAAUGGACAUUUAGGAUCUGAGUGUGAUGAAAAUGAGAAUGAGCAAGACGACUUGCUCAUUUUAGUGAGAGCUACUAAAGAGAGGGGCUUUGGUACAAAACGAGUCAACAUUCUAAGCAAAAAUGGUACAAUCAGAGGAGUCAAACACAAAGUCAGUGCUGGUCAAGCCCUUUUUAACAAUUUGUCAAAAAUAUUUCAGGUGUCUACAGUUCUAGAAUUUGGUCGCAUCGUAAUUUACACUACCAGCCUUCGUGUGGUGAGAACCACGUUUGAAAGAUGUGAGCUAGUAAGAAAGAUCUUCCAAAAUCACAGAGUGAAAUUUGAAGAAAAAAACAUUGCUCUGAACAGCGACUAUGGAAAAGAACUAGAAGAAAGAUGCAGGAGGGUGUGUGAAAUUCCAUCGCUACCUGUUGUCUUUAUUGAUGGCCAAUAUCUUGGGGGAGCUGAGAAAAUUCUGUCAAUGAAUGAAUCAGGGGAGCUGCAGGAUCUCUUAACCAAAAUUGAGAGAGUGCAGCAUCCCCACGAAUGCCCUUCCUGUGGUGGUUUUGGCUUCCUUCCAUGCUCAGCGUGCCAUGGGAGCAAGAUGUCAGUAUUUCGGAACUGUUUUACAGACUCUUUCAAAGCCCUCAAGUGUACCUCUUGCAACGAGAACGGGUUACAGCGCUGCAAGAGCUGUGCAAGUUAA